UGCUCGCUCCGAUGCCGACCUCGUCACCCUCACUUCUGCAGGGCGAGGCGGCCGAGGCGGCGGCGAGCUCCGGGCUCCGGACAGAGCCAUGGGGCAGGCAGUGACGCGCCGCCUCCAAGCCCGAGCCCGCGCAGCGACCAGCAGCGCAAUGGACCGCAGCGCUCCGGAUCCCGGACCCCGCAGCGCGCCCCGCACCUCCGUCCCGCAGCCCUCGGGCUCCUUAGGGAGGAAGCCAAAAGCGAAAGCACCACUUCCUCCUGCGGAGAUGAAGGGCAUGGGUGUCCCUUCUGCUGAGGAGCCCGUAGACUCGACUGCUGCCAUCAUGGAGCAAAAUGAAAAUAUGAUAGAUAAAGACAUUGACCUCUCAGUGGUCCUGCCUGGAGAUAUUCUCAAAUCGGCCACUGUUCCUGGCAGUAAGCCAAUGAUGGAUUUGCUCGUCUUCCUCUGUGCACAGUACCACUUAAAUCCGUCAAGUCACACGAUUGAUCUACUGUCUGCUGAAGAGAAUCUCAUCAAAUUUAAGCCAAACACACCAAUAGGAAUGCUGGAGGUAGAGAAGGUCAUUUUAAAGCCAAAGUCUCUGGACAAGAAAAAGCCUACACCGAUAAUCCCAGAGAAAACUGUGAGAGUAGUGAUCAACUUUAAGAAAACACAGAAGACCAUAGUGAGAGUUAGUCCCCAUGUACCGCUGCAAGAUCUUGCUCCCAUUAUAUGCAGUAAAUGUGAGUUUGAUCCAUUGCAAACAGUGUUGUUGAAGGAUUAUCAGGAUCAGGAGGCCCUGGACUUGACAAAAUCUCUUAAUGACUUGGGACUGAGAGAGUUAUAUGCAAUGGAUAUCAGCAAAGCCCCUUCUGUUACUGCCUUCCAUAAGUCAUCAUUCCAAGAGUCCUGCCAAAUAUCACAAACCCCAGACAUCGUGAAGGAGAAAGAAAACAGAGGGAUUUUCAGCUUUUUCCAACGCAGUAAGAAGAAGCGGGAGCAAACUGCCAGCGCACCUGCGACCCCACUAGUGAGCAAGCACCGCCCAUCUUUCACAAGGUCCAACACCAUUUCCAAACCCUACAUUUCCAACACACUACCCUCAGAAGGACCCAAGAAGAGGCGUGCCCCGCUGCCCCCCAUGCCCACAUCCCAGGGUGCUGUGCAAGGCCAAGAGAGGCGAGCUUCGUGUGUGGUGAGAUCCACCAGUGUGGAUGACAACGACAAGAGUUCCGCUGAUGGGGUCAUGGUGAGGACAGGGUCACUGCAGCUCAGUAGCUCGUCAGUUGGAACUUCGUCUCUGAAAAGAACAAAGCGAAAAGCACCCGCCCCGCCUUCGAAAACACCCGUGCAGCAGAAUGACACCAGCCUUGCAUCUGAUACUGCCCUGCCUCCAGAAGAUGGACUUGCCCCAGACAGCGCUGUGGAAGCAAACUCUCCUGAGGGCCUGCCCAGCCCAGAGGGCUCCCCUGGCCCCGGGUUCCUAAGCCAGGAGCAGUGCACUGUGCCCAAGCCGGCGGAUGAACUCUCGCUCUCUGAGGGCCCUGGAACUCCAGAGGCAGCUGUAGCAUCCUUGACAUCUGGUGUGAGCUCUGAUUACAGUCUUGAAGAGAUAGAUGAAAAGGAAGAACUGGGCGAGUCACCUAAGGCCCAGGCGGAAAGUGUUUCUGUGAAGUCACCUGACAGCCCUUUGGUGUCUACUGAUGUAGUGAACACGUUGGAGAAUGAGCCUGACUCGGCCCUCAGCCUCAGUGAUGGAGAGGCCUCUCCAAACUCCAAGGGAAAAAUCCAAGAAGGCAGAAACACAGAGGGACAAGAGUCACAUAAUCCUGUUGUAUGUGAUAUAAGCAAUGAAGACACAGUAUCUGACAGUAUAAGAGACUUGAAGACAUUGGGCCCAAGCCAGGAGAGUGUUCAAAAUGAAAUCAUGGUCUGUGCCACAAACACAGAUUAUACGAAAGACAGUCUGAAUAAAACAGAAACCUCCACAGAAAGCCAAGCCCCAGAGAAAGGCGUGGACGCGGAAGCUGAUAGACUGUCGGGCUUGUCUGCAAGUAGAACAGAUCAUGUUAAAAGCUCUAGGGAAAAUCAUCUAACGGCACCGUCUGGACCAGAUCAAAAAUUGAAUCAACCAAGUGUAGAAAAGACAAAAAUGCAAGAUGCAGCAAUUCAGGCCACCCCUGCCUGCAGCAGUUUUGAUGGGAACCACGAAGACCGUAAUUCGCCUGACCUCAAGGUUGAUGAAAGUGUGCAGACUUCAAAUAGCAACAGAUCAACUCAGCACUCCUCCUUAAGUCUCCAUGAUCCUGUAAAUGCCUCAAAGGCAUUUGGGAGUCAGGGCACCCCAAUGCCUGUCCAAGAUAGACUCCCCAUGAAAGAGCCAGCAUGUGUGUAUGGGAACAACGACCCUUUGUCUCCUGUAGAUGGACAUGAUAAGAAUCCAGCUGCUUCUUAUCUAAAGAAUCUUCCACUUUAUAGACAGGACUACAAUCCCAAGCCAAAACCUUCAAAUGAAAUUACAAGAGAGUAUAUACCUAAAAUUGGAAUGACUACUUACAAAAUAGUGCCCCCCAAGUCCCUGGAAAUAGUGAAAGAUUGGGAAUCAGAAGCAGCGGGGAAUAAAGAUGACCAAAAGAUGCCUGCUGAGGGGCAAAAGCAUAAGCUUGGGGAUAUGCAAGGAACAGCUGCGCAGACAGAAGCCCUUGUCACUUCCAAAGGCUCACAGGAGCCUCAGCCCGACCUUAAGCCAAAGCCGGGCUUAGGCACAGAGCGUCAUUUGCACAGGACUCUGAGCGUUGGUGCCGAGAUGAACCCUCCAAAACCUCCCAGAAUGACUAUGGACACGGGUAGCAUUCCUUUUGCACCAAAUUUGGAAGAUAUAAACAAUAUUUUGGAGUCAAAAUUUAGAUCACGAGCUUCAAAUCCCCAGGCCAAACCAAGUUCAUUCUUUUUGCAGAUGCAGAAGAGAGCAUCAGGUCACUAUGUGACUUCUGCAGCUGCUAAGAGUGUGCACCCUGGCCCCGGGCCUACCCCCAAAGAACCGACAACCAAAGAGGUGCAAAGGGACCCCCAGCCCUCUUCAGAACAGACUCUUUUUCCCUUAAGUGAACGGACUCAUUCUGCUCAGCUGCCCAGUCUUUCAAAAACUGAUGAUGACAGGAUCAUCCAGAGGCCUGCUGAGACCUCUCCUCCCCCUGUAGCUCCCAAGCCUGUGGCUCCUGCUGAGACCUCUCCUCCCCCUGUAGCUCCCAAGCCUGUGGCUCCUGCUGAGACCUCUCCUCCCCCUGUAGCUCCCAAGCCUGUGGCUCUUCCUGGUACUCAGGGAGCAUCGCUAAACCUGAAGACCUUGAAAACUUUCGGGGCCCCACGACCAUACUCCAGUUCUGGGCCCUCACCCUUUGCCCUUGCGGUGGUGAAAAGGUCACAGUCGUUCAGUAAGGCACGUCCAGAAUCCAGUGAGGGCUUCUCCACCCAGCCUGCAGACGCUGGGGAUGAAAAGACAAACGCAGCAAAUAAAUCUGCAGUGACUCCCCAACCCGAUGAUGUUGAUAAGCAUAAUAAACCUGUACAGAAUGAAAAAAGUUCUCACAUGCUGACUCCAGCUGACGGCCCAUCGUUCAUCCUUAAGAGACAGAGUUCUUUAACAUUCCAAAGCUCUGACCCGGAGCAGGUCCACCAGAGUUUGCUGACCGCAAUCCGUUCUGGAGAGGCUGCCUCCAAGUUAAAGAGAGUUACUGGUCCGUCAAAUACAAUAUCUGUGAAUGGGAAGUCAGGACUCAGCCAUACCAUGUCCUCUGAUGCCCAGGACAGUCGCUAACAUUACCCUGCGGUGACACACUUCACUGACCAUCUUUCUGCCUACGAAAUAUUGGCAAAUAUAUAUUCAGAUGUACAUUAAUAUAUAAAUCUAUUCAACAUUAAGCAUUUAUGUUAUGGGUUUAAUGCCAAAAGAAAAAUAACUAGAAUUUAUAAUUUAUAUAAUGUUUGAUCUUUUGGUCAUAACUAAAUAUUGCUGCUUUAGAAACUUUAAACAAGGUGUAAAUGACUUGUUUUUUUUUCACAUGGUAAAUAAUCACUGCUUAAUGAUUUUUCUUUUAUUUAUGGACAUACUAUGUACCAUGCAACAAAGGUAUAAAUUGAAAUUUACGGAAAUAUUGUAUGACAGAGAAACAGGCAAGCACAAACUAACAUUUACUGCCUCAGCAUUAGGCCGUAAUUAGAAACAUAAAUUAUAAUAAAACCUUUAUGCUGAAAGAUAUGGAAGACUAGUAAAUAAAUAAUGCUUAGUUAUUAUUAUUGAAGAAUCACUUAAUGUCAGAUUUAUUUUGUGCAUUCUUUAAUUACAAGUGAGUGCCAGAUCUAUAGAAAAUAAUAUUUUUAAAUAUAAUGCUUUAACCAUUAGAAGUUAAAGUGCACAAAGAGACUUUACGAUGUUUUCUGUAUAUAAUUAUGGUGUUGCCACAGAUAUUACAUAUUUUCUAAUGCCAGAAGUCUUAAAACAUUCCUGUGAAAAUGUUGAUAUGACAGUUAUUUCACAUUUGGUAUAUUGGGAAAAUAGGGGCUGGUUGAUGUCCACAUUUUAUACUUUAAAGACUAGUUAGAAGUUUCAAAAAUCUGAUUUAAUUAAAAUAAAAUGCUGAACUAGUCAUUUAUGUAGUCCAGAUGCUAAUCAUCUAAAUAGUAAUAUAUAUUUCCCUGAAAGCCAAAUUGGUUGAGGGAAACAAUGCUUGAUGUGUUGGCUUAUGGUGACAGUGAUCCUAGCUAGGGUCUAGAACAUCUUGGUGUCCUGAAUUUCCUUAAGAAUUUAAUUGUUCCUUUAUUCCAGAAACUCUUCAAACAGCCUGACACUGUUUUGACUCUUAAUAAAGCUACUGGGAUAUCUGCCAUUUUGACAAACGUGAAUUUUUUUCCAUUUAAUAAAAGAAAGAUAUAUUUGAA